GGUGCCAAACUGGAGGCCACCAAGUCCCAGAUGGAGUAUGAGGCGCAGGUGACUGAGAAGAUGGAGAAGGCCAAGGCUGCGGUGCAGUGCUCCCGCAUCUGGGACAUCCCCAGCAGGCUCCUGGCACAGCAGAAGUCCUCAAUGGACCUGGAGCAGUACGUCAAGGAGUGCAAGGAGAAGAAGCAGGCGCUGAAGGACAUGCUGCAGGAGCUGGAGCUGAAGAAGGCUAAGCUGAAGUUUCACCAGCCCCCCAACACAACCAGGUGCAGGAUGCUGGAGGAGGAGCUGAGGAUGAAGCUGCAGUGGGAAGAGGCUCGGCUGGAGCAGAUGCGCGCCCAGAUGCUGAAGAACCAGGAGCUCCUGCUGGAGUUUGAAAACGGCAUCGACAACCUCUUUGUCCGUCUGUAUGGCAUCACUGUGCCCGGCCAGGACGAUUCUGUCAAGGGCGGAGGGGUGGAGGAGAAGCUCCAGUACUGUAAGCAGAAGCUGCAGUACCUGGUGCAGCGGGUGGCCGACCUGCCCCCCGACAGGCACAGCCCCGAUGAGGAUAAUGAGACUUUUGUGAAGGUGAGAAACUUUCUGGAGAAAACAACUGCGAACGAUCCACAGAACCUGAAGAUUUCCUUGGAGGACAUAGACAGUAGGGUCCAAGACCCCUUUGAUUUUGCUGACAAAGACCGUGGCCUUGUCCCCACCCGGGAAGACAUCAAGAAGCAAGGGCUGCACCUGAUUGAAAGCAAGAAGAAAAGCAGCAAGAAGAAGUAG